AUGUUGCGCAACCGGGCAUCGUCGCCCGCGGUCUCCUCGCUCCGUCCUCCACGCUUCAAGGGCACGGCCACACCUCCGUCGCAGCAGACACCUCCAUCCGCCCAGCGACCUCCACCCUCGCAGCAGCAAGAGCGGCCGACGACGCCCACGGUCAUUCCAUCCUCGAUCCCUUCGCAAGCUUCAUCCGAACCUGACAUCGCUCACGAUGCCGACCCUAUCGAGGAUUUCUCCGAGUACGAAGAUGGGGGAGCAGGGACACCAAAUAGCGCCAAUGGCUCUCAGAAUGCCUUUCAGAAGAUGACGAGCUCUCAAAUGUCGUCAGGCUCCCAGCGCUUCGGCGGGUUGAAGCAACCUCCCAAGUGGACCAAGGAGGAGGAUGCGGUGCUGAUCCGCGGCGUCCGUGAGGGUUGGUCUGCCACCGAGAUCGCACGUGAGCUAGGACCGGGGCCUGUGAGACGGACAGGGUCUGCCAUUCGAGGACGGAAGAAGGCUUUGAUAGAGAAGUUCAACCUCGAGGCCCGCGCCGCCAAACCGACCUCCCUCCACGUUGAGUCGCGCCGGCGAUGGACUCCCGCCGAGAUGGCGAUCAUACAGCAAGGCGUGAGGGAUGGCUUUGAUGCGGCGGCUCUCCAGCAGAGACUCAAGGAUCGUACUUUAAAAUCCAUCGAGCACAAGGUCCAAAAGCGGAGGCUCCUGUCCAAGUCUCCCAUAAGCAAUGGGGCCGAGCCGUCGGCAAAGAAGUCCAAAGCGCGGGCGCCUAAAAGUGACAAGUCGAAAGACAAAGUGGCUCAAUCGUCGACGCCGCGUGAUCCUGCUGGUGAUGAGAUGGUAGUGGAUGAGACGGUGCAAGAGGAGACGAUACAGGAUGAGACGGUGCAAGAUGAGAUGACAGUGGAUGGGGCAGUGCCGAAUGAAACUGCACAGAAAGAUGCCGUUCCAACGGAUCAAGUGAUGACGGACGACGUCGAAGAAUAUCCUGCAUAUCCACCUGAACCACAAGAGCGCGUCGCCACUCAGAGUAAGGAGGCAGAGGGACAAUAUACUCCGAUCGAGGACGGCUUGGAUUUUUCAAACCUCCCCACCGCUUUUGUCAAGCUUCCGGCAAAUGCACGAUCUGGCGUAAAGGCUGGCCGCCUUCGACGCCCGACUGCAGCACGCAAGAGAAUCACUCGUAGCGCCACAGCAAAUGUCGACCACAGUACACCUGCGCACGCCCAGGAUGCUCCUGCACACGACAACAAUGCUACAGCGGAAGAUCAUGACACUACAGCGAACGACCGCGUUGCUUCAGUGAUCGACCAUGAUCGAACCCAGGCUGACGAUGAUGCAACUGUCAACGACUACGACGCCAUCAUGAACGACCAUAAUGCUCCCAGGGACGACCACGGUAGAACCGCGGACGACUAUGGAGGAUUGUAUGAUUCUGAUGAAGUCGAGAUGGGCCAGCCGGAGCCACGAGAGCGGCGCCAAAGUCUUUUCCAUGACUGGACACAGAAGCAACGUUGGCGGGACUGUUUGAGGGUGGCUGGUGGUGACGAGGACGCGGCGAGGCGUCAAUUCAAGGAGGCAAACCUGACGGCGAACAUGUACGAUGCCAUACUGCGCAAAGACCAAGCGACCAUCGACUCGAUCAAGGCAGAGCGCCGGCAAAUGGAGUUGCGCGAAGCCAUUGAAGAAGGGCGCGCUCGUCGGAAAGUCCCACUUCCAGGUGCUUCGAUCAAUGCGGACGCCGAAGACGUGGAUGAUGAAGUUUUGAGAGAGGAGGAUUGGGAAAUUUUCAUGGAGAAAGAGGACUCAUGGAGUCUCCCGAGCGAAGACCAUUCGUCGGCAGAAGAUGAUGACGAUGAGGAGGAGGAUAUGAUUCGAGAUCGAGAGAUUGAAGAGGUGGACGACGAUGAGGAAGAUCUGGUUCCUGAUCGAACGAUUGAAGAAGUCGAAGACGAUGGAGAAGACGUGAGUCACGACCGAGAAAUUGAUGAGGUGAUGGAUGAGGAAAUUCGGUACAAGGCACCACCACCGCUCCCUGGCCACCACUUCACACCAAUCCAAGCCAUGCGGGCAACAGUGGUGGACGGCGGCUUGACAACACCAGUAGCGACGAGCGAGAAGCCUCUGGCGUUUGCGGUCGAUUCAAAACUGCCGACGUCGAGCAUCCCCACCACCGCCAGCGAAACGACGGCGGCGAGCAUAUCGCGGGAGAGCGAAAGAAGUGACUCGAAACGCAGCCGGCGCCGGGCGCGCGACGCAACCCAACGCCGCCAGAGUGGAGGCUCACGCUCGUCGCAUAGACGGUCGAGGAUGUCCAUGAGUGAGAUGGGCGGUGCUGUCGGUCAGAUGGGACCACCGGGAUCGAUGAAGGAGGCGGAAAACCCGUUCAUGAAGAUUGUGAGGAAUGCACACAUCCCGCCUGCUCCCCGGCGGAGGGAGGAGCAGCAGCCAGCACGCCGCCGUGGCACACCAUCCCCGCCGACGUGGUUUGCGUCGGACAAUGAGUCUGAGGAUUCGAGCGAAGAGUCGGAGUAG